AUGCAGUGGCACAGGGCGCUGCUGGAAGCCAUGGGCCGGUGGAUCCCCGCCGAGGAAUGGCACGGCGACCGGCGAUAUAAGUACAUGGUCGGCGGCGAGGCCUUCGACUGGCUCCUCUUGGCGGAGCGGCUUUGUGGCGAGGUCAGCGAGUUCAUCCCCCAGCGGGAACUCGAACAUCUCCUCUUUCAUGGAUUCUUCCCCGAGCCCAUGAUCGAUGAGGAGUUUCGCGACCUGCUCGGAGUCAGCAAAUACCGCGCCUACCUGAACUUCCACUACGGCGUCGUGCUGGAAGAAGCACUGCAACUGGCUGCCGAGGAAUAUGCCCGCAAGCGCCACCUCUCCCUGGGGUAUUCCGACAGCGAGGAACUGAUGGAGGAGGCAUUUCGCCACCUGUACACCCAGACUCGCACCGACCUGCUCGCCGAGUUUCGCGCUGAGGCUCGUCUGGGCAACCGACGGGGUAUGAACCUGUCAGACCUCAAGGAAUUCACUUACUGGCUCCACAAGCGCCGCGUCAACUACUGGGACCCCGCCCGCGUUGCCUACGACACUCGUCUCGCCAUUCUGCGCCUCGCAGCCCUCCGCGAAAGUGCCUACACCGCAACCUCGGCCGAAUAG